AUGCAGCUUGCACAGGCCUCACGGCUCACUGUCCGACAGAUCCCUGAUUGGCAGCCUCCUGUCAGCGAGUCUCAUUGGAGAAUGUUGCUGCAAGACAUGUUAGCUAUGCAGUGGAAUGUUUACAUGUGUCUUGAUUCUGAUGCUUGCUAUGAGUUUAUUCACUGUGAUUCAUGGAUGCCCCAUGGAGGAUCAUUACUUAAGGAACUCAUCAGGUGCUGCUUACAGCAGAUGACAGAUAGACCCUGUGCCAUUCAAGAGGAGCUGGAUCUUAUCCAAGCCCUGGGAUGUCUUGAAGAAUUUGGGGUAAAGAUCUUGCCUUUGCAAGUGAGAUUAUGCUCUGAUCGGAUUGGUCUCAUUAAGGAGUGCAUUUCCCAGUCCCCAACGUGCUACAAACAGUCAGCCAAGCUCCUGGGCCUUGCUGAGUUUCUGAGGGUAGCAGGUUAUUCAAAAAGUUGGGAUGUUUGUAGCCAAUUAGGACAAUCUGAAGGUUAUCAGAACUUGGCCACUCAUCAGGAGCUCAUGGCUUUUGCUUUGACACGUUGUCCUCCUGGCAACAGUGAACCUCUUUUGGCAGCUAGCAGCUCUCUGUAGACACAAAUUCUUUAUCAAAGAGUGAAUUUCCAGAUCCACCCAGAAGCAGGAGAAAACAUCAGUGUCUCACCAUUCAUUAGUAAAGCAUUACAAGAGAAGCAACAGAAGCAAUAAUCCGUGGUUGCAGCUAACUACAGCAAUGUUAACCAGAUGCACAACGGAGAACAAGCAAGGUCUGGGAGAGGAAGUUUCGAAAAUCUGUCGCUCUUUACAUAGCACGAAGCAGAUGCUCCCUGCAGAGGUGGAUGAUUCAAAUUGUGACCAAGAACUCCUUUCCCUUCUCCUGGAUGCCAAACUGUUGGUGCAGUGUCUCUCCACUCCCUACUAUCCCCGGGUGGUGGACCACCUCUUGGCCAGCCUCCAGCAGGGGCGCUGGGAAGCCGACACGCUGGCCAAGCACCUGCGAGAGGCCGAAGCCGGCUCCCUGCUGCUGGCCGCGCGGGGCGCUCACCGGGCCCUGCGGACUUCCCGCUGCGCCCUCCACGCAGGGCGGCACUGGGUGCGAGCCGGCCUCGGGGACCCUGGCGGGAGAGGCUCCAGGGCAGGCGGCUGCCGGAAGCCACGGGUGCAUCUGCUGAUUGUUCUCCGUGCUCCCAACCAAUUGCAAAUAAAACUGGAUAUAAAUGACAAGCAAAGGGCCAUUUGUUUCACUCUUUUUUCCU